GCGAACAGAACCGAGCGUCCGAGCUUACCAUAUGCAGUACUGAACUUGACAUACACGCCACUUAGUAGCCUGGAUACCCCUGUCCCGCUCACCAGCCCUGUCACCCGCCUCUCCCCGCUCCUCGCUCCCGACCAAAAUUUUCAGCCAUCGCUCGUCGUAGGGCCAUCAUAAUGCAGCUUGGAACGUUUCGACAAACUUCUCGCCCAGGAGGCCCGGUGCGCGGGCGAUGCUUCGCUGCAGUGGAACAUUAUCGGCGAGCACAGCCGUUGGUUGCCCACGCGGGAGCCUCGACUACCACAUCAGACAUGUCCACAGAGGAGCUAAAGGCAGCCGUGGUGCGCGCCGUCAGCGGCACGCAGCGCGGCAAGGCCACCACGCCGCAGCAGCGCGCGGCCAUACUGCCACUCCUCGAGGCAUUGGAGGGACGCAAUAUUGUGGAAAAGCCGGUGCAGUCACCGCUCAUCUCGGGCGUGUGGGCGUUGCUGUACCAGGCUCCCCUCGACGAGGAGCGCGCGGCCACGGACAAGAGCGGGACCACGGAGGGGCCCUUCCUCGCCACCUUCCAGCCAGCAACUAAGCAGCUGGUCCGCACCAAGGCUAACCUGCAGCUCAUUGACCUGGAGGGGGGCAGGGCUGAGAACCUAGCAGAGUUCACCAUCGCGGGCCGCUGGGAGGGCGCGCUCAACAUCAUCGGUACGGCGGCGCCGCAGCCCACGCCGCAGGGCUCUCCCUCCCCGCUACGUGUGGAUGUGGUGUUUGAGCGCUUCCAGUUGCGGCUGGGCGGCGCGGGGCCCUGGACCGUGCCGCUGGACUGGGUGCGGCCCAAGGGCUGGAUUGAGACCACCUACCUGGAUGACGACCUACGUAUUGGCCGCGGCGACAAGGGAUCCAUAUUCGUGGCCAGCCGCGUCAAGGGCAGCCGGUGGCGCGGCGUGCGGGGCGUCGCGGGCGGCGCCCCCGUGCCGCCCACAUGAGCGCUUGAGCUCUGGGGGGUUAGGCAGUCGUUCAGUGCGCCGGAGUCCGAGUGGGAGGCCCUGCAAUCAGCACGCACACGUACCCUGCUUGGACAUGGAAAGUGUGCUUCGGGUUGCGGUGCAGCUUCAGGGACGCGUGGUUGGCCUAUUCGCGCUGGCCUGGUGGAGCCGGGUGGCCUGGGGCCCUCGCCUGAGGAUUGCAGUAGGAGCGGGCUUGAGAUGACGGGGAGUGCCAUCAGUCCAUCAUCCCAUUUCGGCCCGGUGCCAAACCUUGAAGUGUAGUGGUAGUAGAUGGGACACGCGCUUUGGUGAUUUUGUGUGCAAGGGAGACGGGGGAUGACAUGCGCUAGCUUAUCGCAGCGCAGCGGAGGUAAGGCUGCAGGCUGCUUAUUGGGACUUGACGCCUGCUUGACGUGGGCCGUGGCGUGGGUGCCUGCCGAGACAGCAUGAGGCAUAGCUGGAUCGUAUUAUAAAUUGCUAUUCCCUAUUGUAGAAAAAUAGGCGGCAGGGAAAACUCGGCUGGAGCGAGAAGCGACCUCGCGAGUCCAUGGACUUCUUGACUUUCGCGAGGUCGCGAGGUCGCAAGGAAAGCAGCCCUGUCACGCGGAUUCCAC